AAGUUGUAAUGGACAGUUGUUUUUCUUGGUUAUUAGCUUUAUUGUUUAAAUGUUUCGUUUAAGUGUGUACGGGUGAUUUUACAAUUCGUCUAACAGUAGUACCGCAUAUUGCGUUCGUACGUAAAGGUUGAUCUGUCACUGUUAGUGGGAACCGAACAUUCCUGUGGGAUAUCUUUGGAAAUAUUGGCUACGGUGCAGGCUGCAUCAUGCCGGUACUUCGCCAAAACCUUGUAAGACUGUGUUUUUUCUGUACAUCGCGCUCACUCAGGACAUCAACUGUCUUGUCCGCUCGAGGAAUGCGCCCACGAAAUACGAAUCAGUUCGACGAAGGUGACUUCGUCCCAGAAUUCUCGCAACCGUCCCGAAGCAGUUUCGCCGAAACCCGUCCCCAGCGAGCCUUUGAUAUGGGCAGAUUCACCGAUGCAGUGCGUGGGGACUUGCGUACGGACGAGGAGCAAAGACAUUUUAAGGAACAGAAGCCGAUCUGGUUAAAAGCGCAGCAAACGAAUGAUCGGCGCAGACAAGAACCAGUGGAUAUGGAGGACGAACCCGAAAUUGAUUGGCCAGAGGAUCCCAGAAAGGGAAAACUAGUUGACAAGCCACUUAAAGAAGAGCGCAAGAAAAAGAUCCAUAAAGCUGUUUAUCGACCCCGCGAAGAUGUUGAAGAAGAAGAAGAAGACGGAACAACAGCGAGAAUGCAAAGUGGUUUUUCAGGCGGUUCCAUGAGACAAGUAACCAGGCCGUUCAAAACUUCGGAAUGGAAUGACAACGUGAAACCGCCUCCGGAAUUGGACAGAAAUUUCAACAGGAAGCAGAUGAGUAGAGGCAGGGCAGAGGAAAAUGAUGCGUUUGAUGAGAAUGAUAAUCUGCACUAUAAAGGCAAAUCAGCGAAUCACAGGAAGUUUAAUAAUCGGGUGGAGUAUGGUGAAGUUACGCAGCGCAGUUCUCCACGUGAGCGCUCCGAUACCAUAGGCAUGACCAAGGAAGAAUAUCUCUUCACUAAGCGCAAUAAACAGUUCAACGAUUAUCAGCCAAGUAGGGAUGAACACAUGGAAAAUGAAUUGGAGUAUGACAAAUCUCAGCAGAAAAAGAAACGCCAUGGAUCAUCUGGACCAAGAACGCCUGCAGCUGAGCGGGAAGAUGGAACAGAUGAUGGUGCGCGUUUCAGUCAAGAUCCCAAUGCGGAGAAGGCUGCAGGUUCUGAUCGACCGAUGCCUGCACUGCGGGGGGUGAAGGACAACGAUAAAGUGUUUAAAAACGCAGUUAUUCAAACGAGAAAUCGCAAGAACAGGAUGAAGAAUCGCAAAAUCCUCUUGGAAGGCGUGCGUCUCAUUAACGACGCUCUGGACGCGGGUCUGAAGGUGCACACGGUCUUUGCGUGCAGCCCGGAACUGGUGCGCCGACUCUCGAAGGAUGCACUGAAGAUGUCACAGCCAGAGCAGCUGCAGGUCAGUCAGAAACAGAUGUCGUUGUGGUCGGAAAUGGUCACACCGCCGGGUAUCAUGGCCAUUGCUGACAUGCCGGAUACCGACAAUAUGGAGCGCAUCGAUUCAAUGCCCUUGACAGUUGUGCUGGAUAACAUUCGCGAUCCCGGGAAUAUGGGAGCGGUUAUCCGUGUAUUGGCAGGCGCCGGUUGUGAACAGCUGAUCGCGACGGAAAACUGUACGGAUCCAUGGGAUUCAAAAGUUCUAAGAGCCGGCAGCGGUGGACAUUUUCAUAUGCCUAUCCAGUAUAAUGUACCAUGGAACAUGGUUGCCAAUUACCUGGAAGAUAACGCAACAGUCUUCCUCGCCGACAACGUGGAAAGCGCUUCUUCGGAUUCAUUUGGUGCGACUGACGGCUCACGAACAUCCCGGCGUAAGGAUGUUGAGGUUGAUUUGGACACAGCAGCGUACCAUCAGGUGGAUAUGGCCGGUGGCAGUGUCGUAUUAAUAAUCGGAGGAGAAACGCACGGAAUAAGCCAAGAAGCUCGUGCCCUGAUGCAAGCACGAGAGGGUGUCCGGUUAGUUAUUCCGAUGGGGAACAAGAUAGAGAGUCUCAAUGCCGCGUCAGCCGUCGCAGUGUUGGCGUUUGAAAUGAAGCGACAGCGUCUGUUAAGAGGCGUGGACGAUGACGAAGUUUCGCAGUCGGAAGGCCAUCGAACAGCUUAAAUUUCGUUGCGAAUAAUAAUAUUACCGGGCAGUUAAUGAAAUAUUGCGUUAAUGUAAAUUGUAGCAUUUUUGCAUUUACAUGUUUACUAAAAUAUGCAGUGGUUGUUAUGUAGCAAAACCCAGCUGGUAUGCCAUGCAGUUGCCGUGAAAUACAGUGAUGUUUGUAAACUUGACUAAAUCAGUAUCGAAUUCUUUGAUUCGUGAAGAAGACAGAAUAAUUGCUGAUCAGUUACUUUCUCUUAGUUUGUGGAUUCCAUCUUCCACCAUCCA